UCUAACAUGCGCCGCUCGCUAAGUAUUGUGUCCUACAUACUUCUCCAACCUUUUCCUUCGUCUCCAGCUUUUUUUAUUGGAUAAAAAGAAAAUAAAAACCCUAGCUAGUUUAAUCUUAUAUUGAUUCUCAUCCAUGGAUUCUUCCCUGCAAAAACUUGAGAAAAUCCGAACAACUUCUCUUCCCACUAAUAUUAACAACAUUCCCAAAAGUAAUCUGACCACCCCAUUUUGCUUCUUCUGCACCAUGAAAGAGCCAGUCUCGAAACAAAAACGAGCCAAAAUAGCAAACUUCUUCAAGAAACUACUUGUGAGAGACGAACAGGAAAAUGUUUUGGUCCUUAGCGGUCUGUGGCACAUCGCGAUGAGUCACCCGGGGAACUCGGAGUUGCCAUCGCUUGGCGUUUUCGAGUGCAUGGCGAGUUUAAUCCACAAAGCUCUAAACGAUGAUGGGUGGCGUUGUAGGGACCACAACAUAUACAUCCCUUACUACGCGGCUCAUGUCAUUGGCUCUUACACCAUGAACAAGGUCGAGUCUGCCGAGAAGGCCGUGGAGUCAGGCGUUAUCCCACCAUUGAUGGAUCUUCUCAGAGGAAAAAAGAUGAGUUGGGUAGAACAAAGGGUAGCAGUUCGAGCACUUGGUCACCUCGCCAGCUACGAAAGAACUUUUGAAGCCUUAGCUCAAUACGAGGAAGAGGUGGUAAGGUUAGCUAUGUGUUUAGCUUCUACUUGCCUAGAUGUCGUUUAUGAUAACUUUGUAGGAGUUAAGGACAUCAAUACUAAAAGGAGGCUAAAAUAUCAUAGUGACUUACUUACUAGAGGAGUUGGAAGUACAGAAAUGGAGAACUUCAAGGCCGAGGAAUGGACUAGCCAAAUUCAGUGUUGGUCUCUUUAUCUUCUGAACUGUUUUGCUUAUAAAGAGAGGUCUUUGAAUAUCAUUUGUGAGAAGGAGUUUUUGAGAAGUCUUUGUGGGAUGUGGGGUGGAUUGGCCAACCAUGUGUCACCUGGUGGGGUUGGACUUAUUAGAAUUUUGUGUUACAAUAAAUAUGGGAGGAAAAGAAUUGCUGAGAUGAAAGAUGUUAUAGAAUAUCUCUGUAAUCUCUCGAGGUCUUCUGACGAUUGGCAGUAUAUGGGAAUCGAUUGCCUUCUUUUACUUCUCAAAGAUCUAGAUACCAGAUACCAAGUUAUUGACAUUGCUAUCUUGUUUCUUAUUGAUUUGGUCGAACUGAAAGACCUUGGAGACAGAGCAAACGUGGGUGAAGAAAUUACAAAAGCACUCCUUUUGGAUUAUAAUUAUUACAAGGAAAAGAAGUCAUUUAACAUCAGUAGCAAAGUUCAAAAGUUGUUUGAAGAUUUAUGGAAUUGGAAGGUAGAGAAGAGGAGAAAAGAAAAGGCAAUAUGUGACGAAAAACUUGAGGAGAGAAAGGUUUUGGUUGGGUUGAUUAAACAACAAGCAAACCGUUUGUAUUGUUUAGGAGAAAUAGAAGAAGCUACGAGCAAGUACUCUGAAGCAUUGGUUUUGUGUCCUUUAAGGUUAAUAAAAGAGAGAAUGGUGCUUUAUAGUAAUAGGGCUCAGUGUCAAUUGUUGCUUAAGGAUCCGGAUUCUGCCAUUACAGACUCGACCAGGGCUCUUUGCCUGUCGACUCCAGCUAAUUCUCAUGGUAAAAGUCUGUGGAGAAGAUCACAGGCUUAUGACAUGAAAGGAUUGGCCAAGGAGAGUUUGAUGGACUGCAUAAGGUUCAUCAAUGGUUGCAUCAAGUCAGAUCCGGAGGUGAUCACCACGAAGAUUCCAUAUUAUGCUGCGCGCAUGAUCAGCAAACAGAUGGACGCCACGUGGCUUUUUGCCACAUCCCGGUCAAGAUUGUCACAAGGUGAUCAUCAUCAUGAUCAGUAUGAUCAUAUGAGUCGCAAUGACGAGGGACAGUAUUACAAAAAAAUGAUGAUGAGGAAUUUGAUUGAGAAAAGAGGUCUGUCAACCAUUACAGAAGAACCAUUGAUUUUAAAGGAAGAGAGAAAUAGGAGAAUGGUGGAGAGAAGAAGAAGAAUUUCUAAAAGAGCUGGCGUGCAACGACCCACGAGUCAAAUAGGGUUGCCAUGUGUUAGUACUACUGCUGAUGAUAUGAUACAAUAUCACAGUGGGUCUAAAUCAUUCGAACAAGGAUAUUCAAAAUUUCACCCUUUAGAUGUUAUUAGCUUUUAGUGGUUAUUAUAUGUCACUAAUUAAAAAGUAGUAUUCUUAUCAAGUUCGUACUUUUAUAGAUCUUACAAAAACUAGAAAAAUGUUUAAUGAUGUACUUCGAUCUUGAUCACAUCAAUAGCUUAUCGAUCGAUAAUAUUAUUUUGCUGUUGGUGAUCAGAUCAACUGGCCAUGUUGUGUUGUCAACUAUUAUUUGAGUAAAAAAUAAGACCAAUAUAGGGCUAA